AUGGGUUCUGCUCAUGAUUCGGUCAUCGCUGAUCCUACUGCCAUGCUGUCAAUGAUGGGCUGUGAAUAUCAAAAGUCUAAGGAUUCAGGUCCAUCUGGACCUCGGGCCCUUUGGCCAGUGGACCUCAAGUUAACUCACCUGGACUGGAACCCUGAAGCUACCCUGAUACACUUCCAGGCCCAGUACCUGACCAUAUGUGAACUCGACUACAACAUCUUACAGGGAGAAAUGCAGAACAUACCAAAGACUAAAGCUGCAGUGAAUAUCGGAGAGUUUUGCCUCGUAGAAGAUUUGACUUCAGCCCGCUGGUACAGAGGAAGAGUUCAGAACCGAAGAGAGGACUUGUUCGAUGUGUUCCUCAUAGAUCACGGCAAUGUCCUGAGUGUUGACGCUGACCACGUUUCUUCCUGUUCAAACGAUCUGUUCAUUCUGCCUCCCAAGAUAGUCUGUGGAUUUCUUGCCAAUGUGCUGCUGCUUCAAGGCUCUUCCUCUUCUGUAGUGGAUGAUUACCUCUCAUGCCUGAUUGGAAAGGAUGUCACAGGUUACAUCCAAGCCCUCCUGCCCCACAAAGUCCUCUUACUGGAAGCCCCUGACAUCAACGAAAACCUUGUCAGACAUGGUUUUGGGAGGCACGUGGACACAGACACUUUCCUCCUCUUGGCUGAGAUGCUCAUGGAAGUGCCACUCAAACAAAAUAUAGAUCCGGUUCCUGACUUACUCAUUGAAAAGCAAAGGGGACAAGAAUAUUGUUUCAAAUCUGGAUUGCAGGGAUAUGAAGAAAUUCUGUCUUUUUGUGGACCCAAAUUGAGUUGUGGGACACGAGCUAAAGUGCGAGUAACUGCUGCUGUUAGCCCUGGCCUGCUUUACUGCCAGAUGGUUAGUAUGGAAACAGACCUUAGGGAAAUGUCAAAGAAGCUGGCUGACAUUUGUGAGUACAGAACUAAAGAUUACCAUCACAAGACUCCAGAAAACCUUGGUCUUCUCUGCUCAGUUAAAGGCAAAGAUGGGAACUGGUACAGAGGCUUUGUGCAGUUUCUCCCAGUAAACUCUCAAGUGCGAGUGUUGUUCAUUGAUUACGGAUUCUACGAAUCUGUAAAAGUUGAGAAUGUUCACAGGUUGCCACCUGAUUUCUAUUCAGCCCCCAUCAUGGCAUUCCCGUGCUCACUCUCCACCCUGAAUGUUCAGGAUGAGGCCGUCAAAACUCAGCAGUUGAGUUUCCUCAAGGCAGGCUUGCUCGGAAGAGUAUUGGAUGUGGAGAUAAGUCAUUUUGAGGAAAAGCAGCAUCUGUACUCUAUCACGGUAGUCAGUGCUCAAGAUAAUCAUGUGAAGGAACCAGAGCCUGUGCAGCAGCUUGCCAGAAAGAAGGUGGAGUCCAAGUUUGAGACAGAAGAAGUGUCAGUUCAGGGUGGCUAUUUAUUCUGUGACACAAUCAUUUGUGAGGCAUUUGAUAAAACCCUGGAAGAAGAGGAGGUGCAGGAGGGCUCAGUGUUUGUGGGCUACGUUGAGCAUGUCCAAAAUCCUAACCACUUCUGGAUCAGAACACAGAAACGCAAUGAUGAGUUUGAAGAAAUGAUGACACAAUUGUCAGAUCACUUUAGUGACGUGAAGCUGGAUGAAGACAUACUGGUGAAUCCUGAUCUUGGAACAAUGUGCUGUGCAGUGUAUGAGGAAGACAUGCAUUUCUACAGGGGUGUAGUGAUUGACACACUGGAGCAUGGAGCUGAAGUCCUUUUUGUUGACUUUGGGAACAUUGAGAAAGUGCCACAUAUGUUGAUCAAGAAAAUACCUGAGACAUUUUCCAGCAAAUCAGCGUUUGCCAUCUGCUGUACUCUUGUAAAUGUUGUUCCUUCGGAUGAAGUCUGGACCAGCACCGCCUCUGACUUUUUCAGACGAGCCGUGUCAAACAAAGCCCUGCUAGUCCAUGUUGUCCAGAUGAGAAAAAACAAAUUUGUUGUUGAUCUCUUUGAGAUGGGAAGUGACAACAGUCAGAGUAUCAGUGAGUUGUUGAUCUCUUCAAAACAAGCUGAAUACUGGAACAACAUUCGUAUAGGGGCUAUGGUGCAAAAGAAAACUGAGGAGACAGAUAAAACAACAAGAGCCUUAAGGUAUUGUGUAACCACAGACAUCAGUGAGAAUACCAUAUGGGAUGAUUUUGGGCAGAUUGAGAACACAGACCAAAAUGAAAUCAAGAAGGCCCAAGUAGCUGCCAGCUUCAAAGCUUUAAGCGUCAAGCCAGGUUGUGAGUUCGCUGUGUGUUGCUCCUACAUUAUCUCCCCAUCAGAGUUUUGGUGCCAGCCUCUAGAUAAGGUUCUGGCUUUGGAGGAACUGAUGAGCAAAAUUCAGCAGUAUUACACGACUCACACAGUCCCCCUCCAGUCUGGGGAAUCAUGUUGUGUUGCCAACUCACCCCUGGAUGGAAGAUGGUACAGAGCCUUCAUCACAGAUAGACAGAAAUACCAUGUCAAAGUGAUAUUGGUUGACUAUGGCAUGACCAUCCAACUCAAGGAGCAUAAUCUUCAGACCAUAAUGCCAGAAUUUGUCGAUCUGGAAGGACAAGCUUUCAGGUGCAGCCUUUACAACCUCAUUGAACCUGUUGAAACCAAGAGCUGUGGCGAGUGGAAUCCAGAGGUGUGCAUCUCUCUCAAAGCAUUUGCCAAUAGCACUGGCCAUCUAAGAUGUAAAGUUGUCUCUCAGUUGACUGUGAAAAACAAAGAACUGUACAAUGUUGUGGACCUCUGCAACACUCAAACUCAGCAGAGCAUAACAAAAGUGCUUGUGAAACAGGGCAUGGCAAGAGAAGCAACAGUCUCAACAAAGCAACUGUCAACAGUGUCUCCUGAGUCUUUUGUCUACUCUUCAUUCGACCUAGACAUCAAAAGCCAAGAAAAAACCUAUGUCACAUUUGUUAGCAGCCACUGGGAAGUCUACUGCCACCUUGAGAGAAACACUGAGCUAAUCGAAGAGCUUGGAGAGAAAAUCUUAGAGGAGAGUGAGAAAAUGAAGCAAGCCAGUAGGAGAGCUGUUGUAAGGAAGCUGUGCCUGGCAAAAUACUUGGAUGGGAUAUGGUACAGGGGCUUGGCACAUCCUGUUGAGUCACCUCUGCAUCUCAGUGUAUUCUUUGUGGAUUAUGGGAACACAAUCAUAUCUGAGAAAACCCAUGUCAUGUUUAUCCGCAGAGACUCUGCUGAUUUAUUGUACACACCCGUGCAAGCUCUGAAAUUUAACCUGGCUUCAGUGUCCAAGGAAGAGCACUAUGCAGAUGUCAAGGAAUGGCUUGAUGGAGCCAUACUCAACAAGCAAGUGAGAGCUGUCAUUGUUGGAAAGAGUGACGAUGGGUCAUUUGAUGUUGAACUGUAUGAUGGAGAGGUUAACAUCAAUGAGAAGGUAAAGGAGCUCAUUCUCAGUUGUUCACCCAAACCACAGACGGUUGUGAGUUUAAACGCAAGCAGUACAAAGAGAAAAUGUAAAUGUACUCACCACAAAACAGGCAUGAGGACUCCAGUCAAGUCCAAGAGUCAACUGAAAGAGCCGUCUUCACAGUCUCCCAGAUUCAACUUCCAAAGAGGAGUUGGGAGUUCACCUUUCAAAAGGAAAGAAAACAUAAAAACCUGUGUGAAAGCUCAGAACUCAAAAGUGAAAAAUCAAAUGGAGCUCCAUGAUACAAACACUAAAAAUACAGAGAGCUGUAUCCCUCAUCAACACACUCCAGAAAAACAACAAAGGGAGAACCAUGAUGCAAAGACAGAACAGCCUGAACACACUGAGGAAACUGAGAUUCCUCAGCUCUCAUAUUUGCCCGACAUAAAAGUGAGCAUGGGCAUUAGGGCAAAGUGUUUUGUCUCCCACAUUGACUCGGUAGACAGAUUUUUCCUUCAGCUUUCAGACGAUGAACCUGCCAUCUUGAAAAUGGGUGAAGAUCUCAACUCAAGCGUCUCCAGAGAGUCCUUGAAGACUAUCCCAUCUUUGAGAAUCAAUGACCUUGUUCUGGCAGAGUAUGAGGAGGACGGUGCUCUGUAUCGUUCAGUCGUGAAGGACCAUGAAGGGACCUGUUUCACAGUGGAGUUUGUGGACUAUGGAAACUCAGCAGUCAUUGGUAAGGAGAAGAUCUACUCAGUACCACAGGAGUAUCUCUCUCAGCCAAGAUUAAGCAUAUCAUGUUCCCUGCUGGACACAAGCACUUACAAAAAUGAUACGUCUUUCAUUGAUGCUGUAAUGGAGAAGCCUCUCAUGGUUGACUUUGUCCAUCAAUAUGGAUCUCAUUGGCAAGUCAAGGUUGAGGUUCUUGGUGAAGCAGUUGGUCUUCCAACAGCACUUGAAGCAGCUGUUGAAACUAGUGCUGCAACUAAAACUAAAGAAGAAACUUCUGCAAGUUCAUCUGAAAUAGACGAGAAGGUGAGAUCCUGUGAACAGACCUCCCUCAAAGUUAGAGAGGAGAAAACAAGAAGUAAAUCUGAAGCUAGGACUGUUGAAGGUGAAAAACUCUCACUCAAACCAUCACCUGUCUCACUGUCAACCAAACUGAAGAUAAAAUCCUGCAGGGUCUAUGGCAAAACACUAACCAGAAAUAAGAGUGAUUCUAAGAAGAUUCAAAGGAAAACCUCAAACUCACCUGUCAAAGUGAAGAAUGAUUGUGCAGAAAAAGUCAUAACUUCAAUUGUUCAAGCUAAAGACACAGAGAAUGGUGUUGUUCUGUCAGUCUUGAGUAAUGGACAUUUUUAUGUAAGGCUAAAUAAGACCAGUGACAAACUUGCUGCAUUGGAAAGUCGCAUCGCUGUGAACCUACACAGGUGUGACAUUGUGGCUGAAGAGGAUAUGAAACAAGGCCUCAAGUGCUUAGUUCAGGUAGACAAAGACAGCCAGUGGAAGAGGGCUGUUGUUCAGCAUGUAGGUCAGGACAAAUGCCAGGUUCUCCUGGUGGAUCAUGGACUAACAAAAGAAAUCCCAACUGGCUCCAUCCGACGACAGUGCAGUGACAUGACAAAAAUCCCGAACCUUGCAGUGUUGUGCAAGAUGAACUGCCUUGGGUUCAGUGAAGGAGGAGAUACCAACAAAUGGUCCUGUGAGAUUCUCAAACCAAUGAUAGAUCAAGAAGUCAAGCUGGUGUUUGUGUGUUACUCAAAAGUCGAUCAACUGUGGAUGGUUGAAAUAGUCAUGAAUGGACUGUUCUUCAUUAAUCAUAUCACAUCAAUCACAUCUCUAGCAGAAACCCAAAAUAUGGCAGCAGAAGAACUUACCCUGGUCACAAGCCCUCCUCAGCUCACCUUUGCUCCGAUCCACAUAGACAAAGCAUAUUCUGGCAUUGCUGCUGCAGUUGCUACACCUUUCGAGUUUUGCGUUGUUCUGGAAGACUUGCUUCUGGUCAUGAACAAAGUGUCCGUCAUGUUGGACGACCUCCCUGGGAAGAUGCCCCCUCUUCCUGAAGCCCACCUCAUCCCUGGCGCCUGCUGCAUGUUGAAAUCAGACACCAAGAACAAAUGGUGCAGGGCUGAGAUUAUACAUGCCGACACCACAAUAGUCUUAAACCUGGCAGAUUACGGCCAUUGUGAAUGUGUGCCAUAUGUUGAUACCUCCAAGUUGAAGAAGCUUCCGGAUGAGCUGAUAAAACUCCCGAAAAUGACGUACCCCUGCAUCCUGAGAGGGGUGAAGCCAGUUGGAUUGGACGGGCAGUGGACGGAUGAGGCUGCGGUCUUCUUUCAGCAGUGUCUGUACCAGAGGAACCUUCAGAUCUUCUUCAGAGAGUUCGUAUCAAACACGAACUGGAAGGUGGACGUUCUGGCAAAUGGCGUCCAUGUGGCCAAGAAGCUGGUGGAUGCUGGACACGCCAGUUACAUCGACGUCAUGCUAGGACUGAGGUUCCAGGAGCAGAGCCUCAGUAAAGCCCGACCUCCAGCACCUGACAGUGAGGAAGAGUGUGGACCUGACGAUGAAGGCUUGGACAGGAACUGA